AUGGCUGAUCAGAAUGGUGAAUCGCAUCAAAAUGGAAAUCAUGAGACUUUCAUCAUUUUCUUUGAAGACUUAAGACUUGUUUGCAAGUUGGACGCACUUGGGCGGGAGAUUUUAGGAAUAGCAAUUCCUGCAAUCCUUACAUUAGCAGCUGAUCCUGUCGCUUCUCUCAUCGACACAAUUUUCAUCGGCCGUCUAGGUGCUGUCGAAAUUGGUGCCGUCGGGGUUGCAAUAGCCAUAUUUAACCAAGCUUCAAGGAUUACCAUGUACCCCAUUGUUAGCAUUACCACUUCUUUUGUUGCCGAGGAACACUCUGCAGAUAAAAUGAGUAUUGAAUUAGCACAAAAGGUCGAGGCCAACAGGCUUAACAACUUGGAUUUAGAAGCUUCUACCACAUCAAAUCAUGUUAAUGAAACAACUUCAGAAUCAACCCUACAAAAUGCAAGCAAGACUCCCUCUAUGCAGGUAAAUGCCGCUGCAACGCCUAGAAAGGUAAAGCGAAAGAUUCCUUCGGCAACAACAGCAAUAAUCAUGGGCACACUUCUUGGCGUGGCGCAAGCUUUGUUACUUAUAUUUGGUGCAAAAGUUCUCUUAAGGUUCAUGGGUGUGAAGACUGAUUCCCCUAUGUAUAUACCAGCAAGACAGUACUUGACAAUAAGAGCACUUGGUUCUCCUGCGGUUCUUCUUUCCUUGGCCAUGCAAGGGGUCUUCCGAGGCUUUAAGGACACCACAACUCCUUUAUAUGCCACGGUUGUGGGAGAUGCAAUGAAUGUCGUUAUGGACCCAAUCUUCAUCUUUAUUAUGCGUCUUGGAGUGAGGGGUGCAGCCAUUUCACAUGCUCUUUCGCAGUACUUAAUUGCUCUGAUCCUUUUCCUGAGGUUGAUGCAACAAGUGAAUCUCUUGGCUCCAAGUGUGAAAGAAUUACAAUUUGGUCGGUUUAUUAAAACUGGUUUUCUGAUGUUGACCAGAGUCAUAGCUGUGACAUCUUGUGUGACAUUUGCAGCAGGAUUGGCUGCAAGACAGGGCCCCAUUCCCAUGGCUGCAUUCCAGAUUUGUUUACAGGUCUGGUUAACAUCAUCACUUCUUGCUGAUGGUUUGGCCGUUUCUGGACAGGCAAUCCUAGCUUAUGCUUUUACUGAGAAGGACCAUAAAAAGGCAAUUACAACUGCUAUCCGGGUAGCACAGAUGGGUGUUGUUGUGGGUUUGGGCCUCCUUGUUAUCGUUGGAGGUGGCUUAUACUUCGGAGCUGGAGUGUUUACCAAGGACAAAAAUGUUUUGCACCUUAUGUACUUGGGCAUACCGUUUAUAGCAGGUACACAACCAAUAAACACCUUAGCUUUUGUUCUUGAUGGUGUGAACUUUGGAGCAUCUGACUUUGCAUAUACUGCAUAUUCAAUGAUUAUUAUGGCUAUAGCAAGUAUUACCUCAGAAUACCUUCUGGCUAAAGCCAGAGGUUAUAUUGGAAUCUGGUAUGCCUUAAUCAUCUACAUGGGUUUGCGCACAGUUGCUGGUGUUUGGAGGGUGGGGACAGCAACUGGACCUUGGCGCUUCCUCAGAGGCAGAAUGCUUUCAUAA